GAUCCAAAGGUAGACAAUGGGAAAGCGGAAGAAUUAAAGAAUAUAUACGUCGGACUUAUUAUGAAAAGCAGACAAUUAUAUUUAGACUAUCACGAGAGUCAUCCCGGUUUCUUCGCUUCAGUGUUAUUCAUGGACGAUUAUGCAAGAGCUUUCGAUUCGCUACUUGAUUUCAUAUAUGAGCUAUAUAUAAAUCAGUCUUAUAGGAAGCCGAUCUUCUUGUCGGAAAUGAAUAAUUUUACGCAGAUAGCGAUUCCUGCCACGCUCAAGAGUAUCAUAAACAACAUGACAGAACAUUUGUCAGUAUCGAAACAUCAACAGAAAACCAUAUUUAAAACACAUAGAUCCAUAUUGCAAAAGUGA